ACUCCACUCUCACAAAAGCAAGCACAUCAAUGGGCAAGCCACUGAGCCUGAUCACACCACUAGUGCUUUCAAUUUUCAUACUCAUGUUCAUGAAAUGCUCAUCUUGUCCUGCUCAUCAAAAACAAUCCCUUCUCCACUUCAAAGCCUCCAUCCUCACUAUCUUUAAUUCCUCAAACUCAUCUUCAGAAACAUCCUUUUUUAGCUUAGACUCAUGGGACUCCACUUCUGAUUGUUGUAACUGGGAGAGAGUUAUUUGUAGUCCGCGUACUCGUGAAAUAACAGCUCUCUACCUUGACUCUCUGCUUCUCAUGCCUAGUGACCAACCCAUUGUGGUGGAUUCAAGAAUCUUGGACCCUGUUUUUCGCAUUCGAUCCUUGAUGUUUCUUGAUGUCUCCUUGAAUAAUAUACAAGGAGAGAUUUCAGGGGAAGGGCUGGCAAAUCUUAGUAAGCUAGUUCACCUUGACAUGAGACAGAAUGGCUUGGUUGGCUCGAUCCCGCGACAGGUUUUUCACUUGAGGUUUCUGCGGUUUCUUGAUUUGAGUAGUAAUUCACUGAAAGGUGGAUUGAGUGGUGAAGUUGGCAGGCUUGGAAAUUUGAGGACAUGCAAGUUGGAUGAGAAUUUUCUUGGUGGAGAUAUUCCUGCUGAGAUUGGGAACCUGACAAAGUUGCAGCAGUUUUCUGUCAGACAGAACCAGUUUUCGGGUGGAAUUCCAGAUUCAAUUUUGGAUUUGAAGGAAUUGGAAGUAUUGGAUUUGAGGAGUAAUCAGUUAGUGAUGCAGAUUCCAAGGGAGAUUGGAAGUUUGUCCAACAUUUCGACCUUGGCAUUAAGCAAGAACUUUUUCACAGGUGUCAUACCGCCUUCUAUACGCAACUUGAGCAAAUUAGAAACUCUUCGGCUGGAAGAUAAUAGGUUUUCUGGCGAUAUCCCUGCCUGGUUAUUUGACAUGGAGAGUUUGAAGAAUUUGUUUCUUGGAGGCAACCAGAUGAUCUGGAAUAAUAAUGUCAAGAUUGUACCUAAGUGUCUGCUUUCCCAGCUGUCUCUCAAAUCAUGUAAAAUUGCUGGAGAGAUUCCAGAAUGGAUUUCCACUCAAAAGAAUCUUGAUUUUCUUGAACUGAGUGACAAUGAGCUCACUGGAAGAUUCCCUCUUUGGCUUAGUGAGAUGGAAGUUGGAAGUAUUCUGCUGUCGGAUAACAGGCUUACCGGGUCAAUCCCAUCACGCCUUUUUCAAUCCCUGAGUUUAUCAAUUCUGGCUCUGUCAAGGAACAAUUUUUCAGGGGAGUUGCCUGAAAAUAUAGGUGAAGCAAAUGAGAUCAUGAUACUUAUGCUUUCUGGAAAUAAUUUUUCAGGGCCCAUUCCUAAAUCAAUUGCAGAUAUUUAUAGACUCUUGCUACUGGACUUGUCAGGAAACAAAUUCUCUGGCAACACAUUCCCAAUCUUCGAUCCUGAUGGCUUACUUGCUUAUGUUGAUCUCUCCUCUAAUGAACUAUCGGGUGACAUUCCCGUUUCAUUUUGUACAGAAACUAAGAUUCUUGCACUAGGGAAUAAUAAGUUCUCUGGCAAGUUGCCAAGGAACUUCACAAAUAUGAAUCAGCUUGAACAUCUCGAUCUUCAUGACAACAACAUUACAGGUGAAUACCCAGAGUUUCUUUCCCAAAUGUCUAGUCUUCAAGUUUUGAAUCUACGCAACAACUCUUUACAUGGCUCACUACCAUCCAAGUCAUUCUCCAACCAGAGCAAUCUUCGUAUUCUUGAUCUCUCCAACAACAAUCUUGGUGGAAGUAUCCCUUCAGAGCUGGGAAACCUAAUGGGAAUGAUUGAAACCCCCUCUACAUCUUCAUUAACCACAGAUAUGUUCACCUUCUCAAUUGAGUUUAAAGACUUGAUAGUAAAUUGGAAGAAGGCUAUACGAGGUCUCUCAAGUCGUCGCCUUGACAUCUACUCUUUGCUGGACUUGUCGAACAACAAGUUUUCUGGUAACAUUCCAUCUUCAUUAGGAAAUCUCAAGGGACUGAAACUACUCAGCAUCUCCAACAACAGACUCUCGGGAAAUAUACCACAAAGCUUCGGGGACUUGGAGAGUGUAGAGACACUAGACCUGUCAAACAACAAUAUCUCUGGUGUGAUCCCGCAAUCAUUCACAAGGUUGAAACAACUAUCUGUAUUGGAUGUGAGCAACAACAAGCUGAGUGGGAGAAUCCCACAGGGCGGGCAAAUGGACUUAAUGAAUGUUCUGAACUAUUUUGCUAAUAACAGUGGACUCUGUGGGGUGCAAAUCGGAGUAAAAUGUCCAGAUGAUCAGCUAACACCCGAGGCAGACGAAGAGGGUGAUGAUUCUGAAAAAGAGCCGUGGUUCUUGUGGAAAGGAGCGCUGAUUGGCUUUUCACUUGGCUUCGUUUUCUCAGUGUUGAUGGCAUUUCUUGGCGGCUACUUCGUUUUACCACCACCACCAAAACCAAAGUACCACUCUGUUAAGUAUAGGUUAUAAAGAGUGUAAUCAGUUAAAGAACUCAUGUGUUUAGCAGCUAGAGCCUUGUAUCAUCAGAGCUUACUACAUCUUCAGCACUAUCAAUAUAUGCAACUCAUUCGCUGCAACCAAAAAUAAUAUCAACUAUUGUACUAA